UACACCAUUACUUCCCCCCUCUCUUUAUAUUCUCACCACAUAUGAUGAGUCUGACAACAUACUACAAGUAAUUUCACUUUCACAAUCACACAUAUAUGGGAGCUCGAUCUCAAAAAAAGUUCAGAGGCGUACGUCAACGCCAUUGGGGUUCUUGGGUUUCCGAAAUUCGACAUCCUUUAUUGAAAAGAAGGGUAUGGCUAGGAACGUUUGAGACCGCAGAAGAAGCAGCUAAAGCCUAUGAUGAAGCCGCGAUUCUAAUGAGCGGUCGCAAUGCCAAAACAAACUUUCCUAUUGUGAAACCGGAGUCGGACAGUAGCAGUACUUCACCUUCACCUUCACCAUCAACUACGAAUACAUCUUGUUCCUCUAGUAGUACUCUUUCCACAAUGCUAAGUGCCAAGCUUCGGAAAUGCUGCAAGUCGCCUUCCCCUUCGUUGACAUGUCUAAGGCUAGACACGGAGAGUUCUCAUAUUGGAGUGUGGCAGAAAAGGGCGGGGGUACAUUCGGAUUCCAACUGGGUCAUGACCGUAGAGCUCGACAAGAACAAGAAGAAGCAGGCCGCCAAUACUACUAUUCAUGAUCAGGAAAACCUUAUUAAAGAGGAAUUAGGCGUGACUUCUGAUCAAGUUGAAGGUUGUCGUACAAGUAAUGACGAAGAGGAUAAAAUUGCUUUGCAAAUGAUUGAAGAACUCCUCAACUCAAACUAACUACAUCCCUGGCUAGUAGAUGUAGCUGCUAUAAAUUAUGUAGAAUAAAUUAAUCUGUCACUAGUGUACGUAAUUCUCGAAUUAAAGGGAUCGAUGGCCGGCUUUUUCAAGUUUAAUUAGUGUUUUUCUUUUUCUUUUUUAAGAGGUGAUUCGUGUGAUUGUAUCUUGCAUAAAAUUAUAUCACAAUAUAUAUAUAUAGCAUACUACAGUACUUUUUAGUUUAGUUGUGAAGU